AUGACAGAAGAUUCGCAAGUUGCUCAUCGUCAUCACCGGAGGAAUAACUCGCUGGACCAAUUUGCAGACCCAUUUUCCACUGCGGAAAUUUAUUAUGGGCCUGAGACAGACCCCACAAAAAAAAGGGCCAAGGGCUUCAACAGAACUAGAACAAUGAGUGUACUGGGAAAUGCUUCCCAGUACAAGCUAUCAGACUUUAGCUCGUUGCCUGUGAGACGGCGCGGUUCCGAGGACGACAGUUAUCGGAGUUCUAAGGGUAGACGGAUGUUUUUCAUAGAGGACGUCGAUGCAACUUUGGAGCAGCUCCUCAAUCGUGAAGACACCGAUCGAAACUAUCAGAUUACCAUAGAGGACACUGGACCCAAAACAAUUAGAAUCGGAACGGCCAACUCAAACGGGUACAAAAAUGUAAGUAUCAGGGGUACUUACAUGCUUUCCAACCUCUUACAGGAGCUUACUCUCGCCAAGAGCUUUGGCAGAAAACAAGUUGUUCUGGACGAAGCCAGAUUGAACGAAAAUCCAGUUAACAGGCUUGAGAGGUUAAUCGUAACUCAAUUUUGGAAGUCCCUAACCAGGCGAAUUGAUCUCAACAAUGUGGCAAAGAUCGCAGCCGACGAAAAGAUCGACACUCCUGCUGCGAAAGUCCCUCGCAUCUACAUCCCUUACAAUUGUCCUGACCAAUAUGAAUUUUACAUUCAGGCGUCUCAAAUGAAUCCAACAUCGAAUCUAGACGUGGAAUAUUUGCCAAAGGAUAUCACCCAGGAAUUUGUAAAAUCUAUUAACGAUCGGCCAGGGCUCUUGGCAUUGGCAAUGGAGAAACACAUGGACCCAGCUACAGGUGAAGAAGCUAUGUUCAGUUACCCUUACGCUGUUCCGGGUGGCAGAUUCAACGAGCUGUACGGUUGGGACUCCUAUAUGAUGGCUCUUGGCCUAUUAGAUUGCAGAAAGACUGAUAUUGCCCGCGGUAUGGUUGAACAUUUCAUCUUUGAAAUUGAACACUAUGGGAAAGUUCUCAACGCCAAUAGGAGCUACUAUCUUUGUAGAUCUCAACCGCCAUUUCUCACAGAUAUGGCGCUCAAAGUGUUUGACAACAUGGGCGGUAGCAGCAAUCCGGACGCGAUCUCGCUUUUGAAUCGCGCAUUUGCUGCAGCGGUCAAGGAAUACAAGAGUGUAUGGAUGGCAUCUCCUAGGUACGACAAGACUACCGGUUUAUCUUGUUAUCAUCCUAACGGGCUGGGUAUCCCUCCAGAAACGGAGCCUGGACAUUUCGAUAGCGUCUUAAAGCCAUUUGCCGACAAGCACAAUAUCGCAAUUGACGAGUUCAGAGAUCUUUACAAUAACGGUGAAGCUGUGGAACCAGAACUAGAUGAAUAUUUUUUACACGACAGAGGUGUAAGGGAAUCCGGGCACGACACAACUUAUCGAUUUGAUGGAGUUUGUGGCCACCUGGCAACCAUUGAUCUAAAUGCUUUGUUGUACAAGUACGAGGUAGACAUAGCGCAUCACGUUGAGAACUUUCAUGGCGGUGAAUUUACUGAUUUACUAGGUGAGAAAACCGACACGAACUAUUGGACAGUGCGCGCUGCACGUAGAAAAGAAAAGAUUAAUACGUAUUUGUGGGAUAAAGAAACUGGCUUUUAUUACGAUUACCACAUCCGGUUUAAGGAGCGGAUGACGUACGAAUCAGCCACUACCUUUUGGGCUUUGUGGGCUGGUUUAGCUACCAAAGAGCAAGCUGCUGCAAUGGUCUCAAAGGCACUACCCAAACUCGAAAUGCUGGGUGGUUUGGUAUCCUGUUCAGAAGAGUCAAGAGGUGAGGUAUCUAUCGAACGUCCAACAAGACAAUGGGAUUAUCCCUUUGGUUGGGCGCCUCAUCAAAUUUUAGCGUGGGAGGGGCUUUCCAAGUACGGCUUUUUAGGUGAGACUAGACGCCUCUCCUACAGGUGGCUAUUCCUGAUGACGAAAGCCUUUGUCGAUUACAAUGGAAUUGUUGUUGAGAAAUACGACGUGACUAAAGGAACCGACCCACACAGAGUAGAGGCUGAAUAUGGGAACCAAGGUGCAGAUUUUAAAGGGGUGGCUACAGAGGGAUUCGGAUGGGUUAAUGCUAGUUUCAUUCUAGGUCUAAAGUUCAUGGAUACACACGCGAGAAGAGCGCUUGCAUCGUGCAUCAAUCCAGAUUCUUUCUUCAGCAACCUAAAGCCUGAUCAGAGGAAGGAAUAUGCUUUAUCAUGA